AUGCCAAAAGUGUUCUGGUUAUCUCCUACGAUCACUUUAUAUACACACCAAAGCUGGACGUACACAUAUCAAAGAUGUGAGCCGUACGUACACAUAUCAAAGAUUGACCUUCCAGCAAUCCAGCUGGAUGAAGUCAGCCCACCUACUGCAAACACCACCACUUUCUUACCCACUACCCAUGAAGGCUAUCAAUCUACCCAGCCAAGCCAAGCCGGCCCCCAGCCAAACACAAUCCCAAGCUAUGAAACAGCAACCAGGCCGGCGCCAGUGAUAGACCCAAGUCUCAAACUCCAGACACUUGACAGUGCCAGUCCAGCAACCAAUCUGCCAUCCCCCAGUGAUAUGAACAGUUUUGAAACACCCCGUACCUUUCCAUCUCUUGCAACAGUAAAAGUAGAGAGUACUGAUGAUAUAGCUCUUACAAGUCAAUCUAGUCGCGCUCGAGUGAGCAACAAAAACUCCGUAUUUGGGUUCGUUGAGGGUGCUCAACAAGGCAUACAGGACUGGCGUAGGUCUCCUAAGCUUGUUCGCAAAAUGUUUUACUCAGUCAAUGGUUUGAUAGAUAUAUUGCAUCAAGCUCACCUGCAUCCUCCAUUGCCAUCUUCUAAGGAUGCAGCUUCUCGCUUCUUGAGAUGCAUGGCGGACAUUGUAGGACGGGCCGAGCACAUGUCUGUCAAGACCAACAGUUGGUUGGUUCUGGCUGGGCAGCACCCUACUGCCCAAGCUCAGUUCAUUCACUACACAUCUCCCCGCUUACGUUGCAAUGCUUUUGAUGAUGUCAAUGACCUGAUAAGCCGGUUCUCUAAUAUCAUUGCAGGUCCCAUUCAGGCAUAA